CCAGCCCGCGCUGGGCUGCGGCGCCGUUGCCCUUUUAAGAACCAGCCUCCUUUAACUCUCUCCUAACGGGGCGUCCCGGCGGGGCUCGCGGCGCCCGACAGAAGCCCGCCUCCCGCGCGGCACUUCCGGACCCCGGUGUCGCCCUUUUAAGAGGCAGCCCCCAGCAGCGUUCCCCCCGCCCCCUGGUGCCGGCGCGCGAGGUGGGGGAGCCGUGCUGGAGCGGAGCGCGCCGUCCGCGCGGCCACUGGAGACCGGGCGGCCGGCGGCCGGGCAGGCGGCGGCAGCAGCAGCGGAUGGGGACGCGGAGCCGGGCGGCUGUGGCGGCUGUGGCUGUGGCGGCGGCGGGGAAGCAGCUGACGGGCCGGCGGCGGCGGCGGCGCUGGCGGCAGUGACUGGUCCAGGCCCCGGCGGCGGCUGCAGCGACGCGGUGGAGGGCUGCGGGCGGGCAGCGUGAGGAGCGGCGGCGGAGCGCGGAGCUGCCGGGAGCGGAGGGCGCCGGGCCGCCCCUUGUCCAGUCCUCGCAGGCCGCCAGGCCCCCUCCAGCCGGGGCCGUGGAGCACCGGGGCAAAGGCCGGGGGCCCCUCAUGAAGGAGCGCGACGCGGCCCCGGCCGAGCGGGGCAAGCCGGCCACCUACACCGGGGACAAGAAGGCGAAGAUGGCGGCCAAGACCAACAAGAAGUGGGUCCGGCUCGCCACCGUGUUCGCCUACGUGCUCUCCGUGUCGCUGGCCGCCAUCGUGCUCGCCGUCUACUACAGCCUCAUCUGGCAGCCGGUGGGCGCCGGGACCUCGGGGGGAGCCGCCGGCCCGCCCCCCGGCGGCUCCAACGCCACCGGCCCGUCCGGGACUUCGGGGGCGGCGGCGGGGCCCAAUGCCACGGGGUCGUCCCGCCGCGAGGCACCGCGCGACGCGCCCCCGCUGCAGGCGGCGCGGCCCAUGCCUCCGGAGCCCUCUGCCGACAGUCCCCUGGCCGGGCCGCUGGAGCGGCCUCGGGGGCUGGAAGAGGACGAGGAGGAAGCGGCGGCGGCGCCGGGGAGUCGUUGAACCCCUGUGCGCCAGGGGCGGCCGGGAACAAGUCUCCCCUCCCCAAGCCCGGAGGCAGGACUUUGCAGCAGGAUGGGGCGGGGAGCCCGCGGGAGUGACCCCCACGGGAGUGAACGCCCUCCCUUCCCCGCAACGAUCGCCAGCUCGCCCCGGGAGCGGGUGGCCUACAGCCCGAUCUUCAGCCAAGGGACCACGAUUCGCCGGGGGCUCGGGGUUUGGUCUUCCCAGGACCGUGCUGCGCCAGGGCCCUGAGCCAUAAAGGGAAUGGGGGGAGGGGUGGGGAGAUCCCUGCUCCGAACCCUUUUUCGCCGCUAGCUCUUGUGUAUCCUAUGUGCACGAGUGACUCGGGCUUUCCCCCAAGACUCAGGGGAAGGAGGGAGCUAUAGGGGCUCUUUAAUAAGCUGAAGCUCUCGCAAGGAGGGCACCAAAAGUAGUGGAGCUCAGGUACGUCAACCUAGUUGCAGUGGCCACAGAUGCAUUUAAUUUAUCCAUCCCUGUAUAUAGUUGUUGACAUAUGCACUAGAAGCUAUAAUUACACAGAACUGUAUGUAUCCUCCCACAACCCUGGGUAGCUACCCACUGAUGGGGUCAUGCAAGGGCUAUUUGCUGGCCCCCAAAGUGCAGCUAGCCAGAAGGGCACAAACACUGUUGGUUUUUUUUUCAUCACCCAUUCUAUUCCCCUUACUUCAGAAAGAUAGGUUUAUGACCCAAAAGAGUAUAAUCAUCCUUAGACUUGAAAGGACAGUGGAAAACCUUAGAAGUAGAAGCCGUUUCGGGAGGGUGGAGAACGAACUAAUCCCCUCCUCUUCCCACCCUAGUGCCCCCACGGAAGAGGCUUCCUGUUGCGGCCCUGACUAUCUGGAUAUGGGCCAGGGAAGAAGGAAGGGGUAAGAGCAAUGCCUCUGUGCUUCAGUCCUUGGCCUUCUCACAGAGUUCUUUUAGGAAGAGCAAGCUUUUGUAAGUAGAGUGGCUCACAAGUGUUUUUAUUUUAUUGUCCACUCCUCAAGAUCUUGUCUUGUUCCAGUAAUCACCCUUGCCUGCCUUCUUCCCUGAGCCUGUGACAGUAUAGCCCUUCAAUUAGGCUGAAAUCUGUGUGAAACCAGAGCUCUGAGCACAUUUUCUGGUUUUGCGUUGUAUUCACAGAACCAGAAAGGCUUAAAGGUGGGCUUCAAGCUCAGGAUUGUGCUGUGAUAGCCAGUUAAUAGACCAGCCAUGGGAAAUUUACCUUGGUUUGUCUUUACCUCUCCUGAUAAACCCUACUUACACGCAGCCUAUACUUUGACGGAGAUGAGAAACACCAAGGAAAGUGACAUCUGUAUAGUUCUGGGAUAGCAAGAAUUAUACAUCCUCAAUUUGGAUUUCAUUUCCUUCUGCCACUUGUUUUUAGGCAAUGAGUGUGGGUAGUGACAAGAUAUCAAACCCCUUAGUGUUUCCUUUUUGGGAAAUUAGGCACUUUAAAAAAACAAAAAGACAAAAACUUAUCCACCUGAGUCCUAAAACAGUUUGUCUCCAGUUUUCUGGCCUACACUCUAGUUAGCUCUGAUCCAAGUUUACAGAACCACAAGUCUUGCUUUAAGCCAUGUUGCGGGCAAGGUAACAGCAGCUGAGCUGGUAUAGCCUAGGAGCAGGCUGGUAGCACCCCCAGGGUGUCUUGGCUGGAGGAGAUUUCUGAGCAGCUGAUGUGACUUUGGUCAUUAGGAAGCCUUUGAGGCCUUUUUAAAUUUUUGGUGGGUGUCUGGGGGUGGGGAAGAAACAUAAAAUGCCACUUUAUAACUCCAAUAAUAGCCUGUAAUUUAUAUUUAUUGUGUGAAUUUUUAGUCUUCUAUUUUAAUAAUUUGUAAAUUGAUCUCUUAUUCUAAGAAUCCUUUGAAUUUGCAGGAGGACAUCUGGGAAUCUAGUCCCCUGUCCCCAUCCCUGCAUUCUGGACUGUUGAAUCCACUUUGAGAUGGAUCAAAGAGUCUAGAGAGACCACUCGUAGGUCCAGCUGCUGGCCUCCUGACUCUAAAGCCUUCACUGGAAUUGGGACAUUAGCUCCAGCUCUAGCUGUGAACAUGACCAGAGACAUUAUUUAUAAUUCAGCCAUUUAAGAUAUACCUGUCCUCAAAAAGUCCUGUAUAUUUUUUAAAAGUUUUAUUUUUCAGGUGAACAAAAAUACAUUCUAAGAACUCUACAUAA